UACACACACAUGAGUGUACCCAGUUAGCACCUUCAUUUCCCCUUCACCGACAGCCAGGCUUCCCUUCUGCAGAGAGCACUCAGCAGAAAACUAUGCUCUCUGUCUGUUCCAAUAUCUUCCCUCUAGGCCCAGUCAGAGCACUCUCUGGGGGCAGGAAAAUGGACAGGAGGGGAAGGUGAUGCUGGAGCCAGCGUGGAGGAAUGCUGGUGCUGUCCAUGGCCUCAGCCCCAUGUCCUUCCAGGAGGAGAAGCCAGUCUGCUGCCUGCCACAUGAGCCCUUGUCUGGGCCAGCCAUGGAGUACUGCUAGGUCUUCUGGGGGCUCAUCUUGUGGCUGAGGGCUCCCUACCUGGACUGGACACAUGAAACAGCACCCCAGUAGGAAUGGACAUACAUGGUACUACGGCACUGUAACUGGCUGUGCUUCAAAUUCGGGGAGCAUGGCUGCCCUUCAAGGACCCCCAACUGCCCCACCUGCCACCAUACAGUUGGAGGAUGGACCUGUUUCGAGGCAUGUUAUGAGAAGACCGUGGGGUACCUGAGGGACCAAGCUCUCUGGUGGCUGGACAUGAGCUCAGUAAGUGAGCUUGGAAAAGUGUGGAAGGAGCUAUUAGAAGUGAUUCCCAGGCCCCUCGUGCACCUUUUUGAUUUCCUCUGUGUGCCCUGUGUCAUGCUGGGGACUCUGGCCACAGCAGUAUCAACAUGGAUUUCAGCAGUUACUAAGAAGGUAGUAGGCCCGGUCAGGCUUGCCCCAGGUUCUGUCAGUUUCUGCCUUGUUCCCAGGAUAAGUCAGGAUACCACCCGCAGCUCUGAGGAAGGUGUAAGGAGCCAAACCCCAGGACCCUUCACCUGGCCCAGGAAUACCAGGGUUCCUGGAGGCAGCAGGGGUUCCCAGAGCUUGCUGAUCUGGUGCACCGGGUGGUAGUGUGGGGAUAGGCUAGAUAUUCUCAACAUGCAGGUACGGGGAGUUCUUGAGGAGGAGGGAAGAAUGUGGGGAUCUCUGCUGCCUUGAUAGGGAUGUCUGAGGGAUUUUCUUAGGUCUCAAGAGCUUCCUGGAAUUUCACCAUCUCCAGUUCUUUCUCAACUGUAGAUUUUGGGAGAUGGUCUGAUUUCCUCAGAGGCACGAGACAGGAUAAGGCACAGAGGAUACG